UGGGACAGAAAGGCGUUCUCCUGCCUCAGGAUGUUGCCUUUAAAGCUGAAGAAGUGGGUUUCCUGUGGAGGAAACGAUCACAGAAUAGAGGAGGCUUGGUCGAGACACCGUGUUCCCAGCAUUUUUUGAGCACAGGUCACCCAGCUGCGGAGCGGGCAGCACGCUUUUGUGGAGCAAAGUCAGCAUCACAGGCUUGAGAGGGUUGUGUUCCCUAAUGGAUCCUGGAUGCCUUGAAGACUGGUUGACUGACAGCACUCAAUCCAAGUCUGAGCUUUUCUACAGGAGAAUGCAUUUGUGAAUAUUAUGCAAUGGACAGAUAACAAGUGGAUGCAUCAAACUGAUAACUUUUGCUUUGAGUGAAUGAAUGGGUUUUUCCACACCAGCUCAUUAUCCUGCAAGUGUCAAUCCAUGUCUGAGUAAGGCCACCUCUAGUUUCCCAUGUCAGGUGCUUGACCAGCAGAGACAUGUCCAAUGACAGCUGCAACCUCCCGUUGGACACGGACACAUUUGGCCUGACCUGUAUCUAUGGCCUGAGCUUCUCAUUGGGUCUCCCCAGCAACCUGCUGUCUCUCUGGGGACUGUACCACCUGGGUCGCUCAGGUGGAGGAGGCUGCCAGCUGGUCUACAUCCUCAACCUGCUGCUGUCAGACCUCCUCCAGUUGCUCACCCUGCCACUGUGGAUCCUUUAUCUCCAAGGUGCACACCGCUGGCCCUAUGGGCAGCUAACCUGUGAGCUGGUGGGCUACGUGUUCUACGUAAACGUCUAUGCCAGCGUCAUGUUCCUAUGCCUGAUAGCGCUGGACCGCUGCCUGGCUAUCGUGUACCCGCUGAGCAGCCGCAGGGUGCGGACUGUCAGGGUGGCAGCAGUGUCCGGUGUGGCGGUUUGGAGCCUCACCUUCCUGUUCUGCCUGAGUGGGCUGCUGCCAUCAGUGUUUGAUGCUGACAGACUGCUGUGUCUGGAGCAGUACCCCGUCAGCCCCAGAUAUGCCCACUUCAAGAUCACCACCGUGGCCCUGGGCUUCCUGCUGCCAUGUGCCAUACUCGGCUACACCUCAGCCCACAUCGGGGUGACUCUCCGGCGAUCACCCUCCCUCUCUGACCACGAGCGGCACAAAAUCGUGGGCAUCCUAGUCGUGAUCACCGUCAACUUCAUUGUUGUGUUUGGACCCUAUCACCUUGUGGGCGGAUACAGAUUUGUGUCCUUGCUGCUGACUGAUGAGCCGUGUGAAUUUGAGCGUUCCAUUUUCCUCGUCUAUCGCCUGUGCUACGGUCUAACCAGCCUCAACACCCUGCUGGAUCCCCUCUUCUACAUCUUCCUGUGCCCUGACGCCAGGCUGGAGCUGCAAAGAUCCCUGCCCUGUUUGGGGAGAGGGCAAAACACCCGCAAAAAGAUUACCCUCAAUACCAGAGCUCGCCCAGACAACCAGAGAGAGAGUGAAACUGGACAUAAUAGUCUUCUGGCAAUAUGACUUGGACUUGACC